AACUCCUAGCAAGCCCUAGUGAAAGACAGUAACUGAUCAUUGUAGAAGGUCCUGUAGAUAAGUUUACAUUAAGAUAUUGUACGGUGGUAAUCACAGAAUGUCAGACAACGCAGCAUUGCUGAUGGUUCUCUUCUUUUGCAUCUGUGAAAAAGGUUUGACUGACCCAGGUACAAAUAACCCGUCCUGCUACAGGAUUGAGCCUGGCACCAUGGCUGGCAUCAUCAUUGCAGACGUGAUCCUGACCGUUGCCAUUGUCAUUGUCACGUACCACUGUGCCAGCCAACGCAGACGCCGAAAAGAGAGGGCUGAUAAAGUCUACAUGAAUGUCAGGGCAAACUGCAAAACAUGAGAAUCCUCAGCAAGCACCAGAAUACAUAUUAAACAUAUUUGUAUAUACUGUGCAAUCUUGUUUUACGUCAUCUGUCAAUACAUUCUUGUGAUUUGAUUUGAAGUGUCUUUCACUGCCACCUCCUGGUGAAAACUCAAAUCUACACCUUCAGAUGUAAAAAAAUCACACUGAAAGUUUGAAUUAUUUCAAAUAAAAAGGUGAAACACAUGCACAACUUUGUGUUGACCCAGUUAGUAUAGAGAUGUACAGGAGGCUCCUAGCCAUGAUAAGCCUGUGUAGAGUAUUAUGUCUGUGUGGUUUUUGAUGGCUCUGUCCUGUCUAUGUCUCUCAAAGAGGCCCACACACUACGCUUGUUUCUCACACACUUUGUAUCUCUGAACCAUCUGUCUGAUCAGCGUCCUGUCUCUCUCACUCUCUUUUUCCUCGCUCACACUGUCUUUGAUUAUUCUUAAUCAGAUGAAUCAUUUUGUAUAUGUAGCUUGUUUUUAAAUGAUCAAAUAAACAAACAAUGUAAUGCCAA